AGCUGAACGCGACGCCUACGCGACGCCGCGACGCCGACGCCGACGCCGACGCCGCCGCUGCCCGCCCCGCGUCGAUACCGCAGUGCGCGCAACAGGAUCGUCAACCGCUCUUUGGAAGCAAAGGAAAAGGCGCUUCGUGUCACUCAACGGAAGAGCGAGUACUCCCAGAGGGGUGCUUCUGCUGUGUAUAGCAGACGGCGCAGUUACAAUAUUUCAGCGCCAGUUCUCAGAGGCACAAGUGCAUGAAACUUUCCACUAUUUGGAUGAUUUAAACUGCUGUUGGAGGAGAACGGCUGUACAGCUCCAGAAGAGAUAUAAAAUAUCAACGUACGAGACAGAUUGUUUAUAAGGAUUAUUCCAAUAAGUUAAUGCUGAACAUCUGCUAAAAGAACUGAUGGUCUACAAGAAUCAUAUCAACCAAGAAGUUAUGAAGUUUAUUUUCAGACUUGUAUUCAACAGCUUUAACAUUGAAGUUAAUUGAAAAUUCAAAAAUGAUGGGAAAAUUCACUUACGUACUAGUAGUGCUGGUUUCGCUGCAAUCAUCAGUUCAAGGAAGAGCAUACUAUGAAAAAGAAAGCUAUGGAGCAGCAUCCAAUCAUGUUGAGAAUUUGACUGAAGGAAAUUUCUCCUAUGUUGCUUUGGAGGAAGUGAAUGCUCACCACGGAGUACAUGUUGCUAGUUGGCGUUGGGAUGAACUAGGCUUGUUCUUCACUUUUACAAUCUUUAUUGUAGUUACAGGACUAGCAAAAGUUGGAUUCCAUCAUGCCCAAUGGCUUUCUUCACGAGUUCCAGAGUCUUGCCUUAUGAUUGUUGUGGGUGUGACAGUUGGAGCAAUCAUUUAUUCAACUGGUGUACGGAUUCCAGAAAAUGUUGAAGAUCGGGUUGUUCUGCAGAGUGAUGUCAGCCAGCUUGCUCUGCCAACAUUUACACCUCGGCUGUUUUUCUUGAUUCUGUUGCCACCAGUUAUUCUUGAAUCAGCCUAUUCACUUUAUGACAGAGCAUUUUUUGACAAUUUUGGGACUGUAAUGCUGUAUGCUGUUGUGGGAACUUUGUUCAACACCUUCACAAUAGGCCCGAUACUAUUUGGCCUUUCAAAGGCUGGUGCAAUGGGGGAUAUCUACAUUCUUCAGGGAAAUGCUCUGGAACUCCAUGACCUAAGUUUGAUUGAAUGCCUGGUGUUUUCUGCUCUCAUCUCAGGUGUAGAUCCUGUAGCUGUUCUGGCAAUAUUCCAAGAAAUUGGUGUUAACAAAGAUCUGUAUUUCCUUGUAUUUGGUGAAUCAUUGUUUAAUGAUGCUGUGACAGUGGUGUUGUACAAUACAAUGGUCACAUUUUGUGAGAUGCCAGUUGUUCCACCUGAACAAUUUGCUCUUGCAGCUCUUGCCUUCUUCACAGUCAGCUUGGGAGGUGCAACUGUUGGUAUUAUCUUUGGCCUGAUCACUGCUCUUCUGACAAGAAGCACAACAGAUGUCAGAGUUGUGGAACCUCUUGCUGUGCUGGGAGUUGCAUACCUCUCCUACAUUACAGCUGAAUUAGUGCACUUUUCAGGAAUCAUAAGUAUUACUUUCUGUGGUCUUGUGCAGGCUCACUAUGCUCUCAAGAAUAUUUCACGGAAAUCAUACACAACAGUUAAAUAUUUUACAAGGAUGUUGAGUUCCACAAGUGAUGCUGUUAUUUUUCUUUUCUUAGGAAUGGUACUAGUGAGUGAUCGACAUAUAUGGCAUACAGGCUUUGUUAUGUGGACACUUGUGUUAUGUUUAGUUUGCAGGUUUCUUGGGGUGUUUUUAUUAACAGCUACAGCAAAUCCUUUGCGAGUGAAUAAAAUUAAUGCACAUGAACAGUUUAUUAUGGGAUAUGGUGGACUCCGAGGUGCUGUGGCUUUUUCUCUGGCAGAGAUGCUUGAUAAGAAUGUGAUUGCUCCUCGUCAAGUAUUUGUGACUACCACCCUUGUUGUUAUACUCUUCACAGUUUUUAUACAAGGCAGCACAAUAAAGCCACUGGUGAAAUUACUUCACAUUAAACUUUCAAAAAUGGGUCAAUCAUCUCUUAAUGAGGAGCUUAAUAAUACAGUAAUAACAAACCUUAUGGCUGGAAUUGAGGAAAUAACUGGAGUGAGAGGAGACUUUUAUAUCCGGAAAAAAUUCGAUACUAUAGAUGACAUGUAUCUCAAAAGAAUAUUCCUUCACUCAGGAGCAGAACAUGACUUCACUCGACUGUAUGAGAAAUUGACAUUAGCGGAGCAUUACGCUCAUUUAUAUGGACCCGUGACAAUUGUUGAAUCUAAGAAAGCAGAGAUGAUGAAUGGCGAUGCAAUGUUCAUUGCACCAGCAAUUGCCAGAGCUGUUCACCUUUCAUCACUUUUUCCUGGUGUUGAGUUACGCCAUUCUUUAAAUUCUGAUCAUCAGCCACCAGCAUCUCCUGACAGCACUACUUCCUCUGAUGCUGUGACAUUGAGAAGAGCACUGCGUAGUAAUCCAUAUCAAAAGUUCCAUGAGAGGUUCAAUAGGAACCUAAUAAAUGAUGACUGCCAAGAGCUUGAAGAACAACUGAUGCGUCGGCACUUAGUAGCACGCACAAUUACGCAAAUGGCGGCAGCAGCAAAUCGUCGCUCAGCUCUGUCAGACCCAUCAUCAUCACCGCAACUGGGAGAUGAGCCCAGAUUUCCCAGACGUCGGAUACAAUCCCGGUAUCAAAACAAGUUGCAAACCGUUGACAACAGAAAACAAUCAAAACUAAUGAAAAUGAUGCAACAGGAGGAGAGAAAUGAACUGGAAGGCUACUUUCCUGAAGAGUUAGAGGGAAUUGAUGCCAUAUUUGAGAGAACUGGUCGCCGCUUAAGUAGGCAGUUUUCUGUACGUAGUGCAGAUGAACCCCACAGCCCAACAGCUGCCUCACCACUAUUGCGUGGAAACAAUCUCACUGGCAUCCGAGAAAGAGAUGAUGCAUCUGACAAGUCAGACCGGGACUCCCAUGUUACGGAAUCAUCACUUUGAAUAUAUGCAGUAUGUGAGCAAAUACCUUUUAGCACAACAGUUACUCUUAUUUCUGUGUAUGAUAUGGUCAAAAACCACUUUUCAAUAUUGUGUCAUCUUAAAAUUUUCAGAUCUGCUGACAGAAGACAAAUAUACUGUUCAUUUAUCUAUGUCUAUCAAAAAAUAGGGCUGUGAAAUCAAGAAUGAAAUAUGGUACAGAGAAACAGAAUAAUUUGAAAUAAUUUUUAAAAAAUUAAGGAACAUUACAAAAUUUUACUUGAGUUCAAAAUAUGUUGUUCAGCACUGGAAAUUGCAUCAGGCACUAAAUUUAAAAAAUUACAUCAAUCAGAUGAUAACCAUGUUGUUAUAUACAUUCAGUAUGUUUUGGAUAGUGUGGCACAGUUAGUCAUCUGGGAUGUUGGUGAUUUCCUCUUCAACCUGUAACUCGAUCUAAGCUGUAGCAUUCUUCGUCUGGUGUGGUACAUGAUACUCUGCAGAUGCCCCCAUAAUAAGAAAUUACAAACUGGAAGAUCUGGAUACAGGAGUGGCCAAGUGAUGAUUGCAUUCUUGGGAAUUACAAAAUCCCCAAAAGUGUAAUGUCGCAUUAAACUAGCAGUGUAUGAGGUGGUCCCAGCAGGUAGAAACCAAGUGUGCUGGAUGUCAAGAUCUGGAAAAGUAUGGAGUUUUGGAGCCAAAAAUGUCUAUAACAGUUCACAUAAUGUUUAUACAUCACAGUGUGGUUUGUUCACCCUCAGAAACCAAAGGGCAUCUCACCCCACAGGACAAUACUGUGCACCAUAUGGAAACUUUGUUACCAUGAGAUGGUCACUGGUGAAGCACAGAAGGGUUUCCUUGAGUACAAUAAUGGAAAUUCUACUUACUCUUGUAACCACAUGAGUGAAAAUAGGCUUCAUGUAUAUCCAUAGAUUUUGAGAAAAGUUUGUAUCCUCAGUGACUGUAGCCAACAAUUUGCCAGUGCAAGAUACAUUAAUUAUGAUUCAGUUGUUGCACUAUCUCAAGUUUGUACAGGCAAAAUUGAAGCUGAUGGAGUAUUCUUUGAACACACCAUUGUUGAAACUGUAACAACGUGACAAGUUUUGAUACUGAAUGAUAGGAAGCACUUUCGAUGGCAGAUUGCACGGCAUGGGUACAUUCAGACCAUGUAACCACACUAGGCUUUCUCUUUAAAUGUGAACCAGUCUUUUAAAAAUGCUUAUAGCAAUUGCAUGUAAUGAUGGAACUUAGCACAAGGAUCUAAUAGUGACACAAAACUCUCAUAGCACAGAUGUAAAACUGUCAACAUGUCAGCAAAUGGACAGAUGGCAAAUACUGCUAUUGGACAGAUGGCAAAUACUGCUAUGCACUGCUCCAUGGCAACUAAACGUCUGUUACUGCUACACAGUUUGAUAUCUUUACCCUACUUCUGGUACUAUUGCAGAGCUGCCAACAUCAGCUUCAAAUAUUUCUGUUUCUCUGAGCCACAUCAUAGAAAUGUUUUCAACAUCAAAGUUUUGUACUGCAGUUUGGGUACAUUUGGUAUGGAUUUCUUUUAUAUGGAUCAAUGUAUAUACUUCUUCUGGACUAUUUCCUUACACUAUGUAAGGAUUACUAGAAAUAGUUCCUAAGUUAUUCUGUUUGUUUGUGAAUAACAGUAUAAACGACAAAUUAGGAACAUCAUUUUGUGUACAGCAUAUUUUCUUUUGUUCGGUGUUACCAUGACAUCACUUGAUUUUUUGAUCCAAAUAAGUACCAGUUUUUUUUAAUUACUGGCACUGUUAUGCAAUACGUACUGUGAAAACAAAUAAAAUGAUGUGAAAAAAUUUUCUCUAUGGACUGGUAAUCAAAUAAGACAAAGUCCAUCGUAAUAAUUACUAUUUUAUAUCUUUCUUACCUCAGGAAAUAAAAUAAAUGCAACUAUUUUUAUAAUAUAUUUGUACAUCACUUCAAGUGUUCUAUUGACUUCUCAGAGACUGAAGUUAAAUGUCUUAGGUUGUAUGUGGAUUAUUUAUUCACUGAGAAAUGUACAACUUGUUUUCCACUGUCUCCCAGAUUGCUUAACAUGUCAAUUACAUUUGACUAUGAUAGGCUGACUUUUAUAUAUUUACACUUUUAAUAUUUAUGUGGUAUGUAUAAGAAACUUGACACAAUGUAUGUGCAGUUGUUGAAGGCAGCUAGUAAGGUGACAGAAUUUUUGUUAAUUCCAUGUCACGUAACUGUGACCAUCUUGUAUUUAAAUAAAUGAUAUGCAAACUGUGAA